UGACUGCAAAUGCAAUACGUUUCGUUUCAACUAAUUGCAAUAAGAAGGUGGCAUAAAUCAUAAAUUCGAGUGGUAAAUUGUAAACAUGGGAACUGAAUCAACGGGAAACGAUAUUUUGGAUCAGUACAGAAACAUCUCGAAUAAAUUGAAAAAGAGGUUUCUGCGAAAACCCAAUGUCACUGAGGCCUGCGAAUCUUUUACCUCUUUGGGGCAGCACUGUGAAACGGUGGAAAUGCCUUCGUAUGCAGGAUUAUGCUGGAUCGCAGCUGCCAGAUGUGAAGGAUCCUUGGGGAACAUUCCUGGAGAGGCUGCCUGCUUGGUGAGAUCUGCCAGGCAAUUUGUUGAGGCAGAAGAUAGAAAUGAUAGAUUGAAUUGUCCAAGUCCAUCAUCUGAAAAUUUACAGGCGGCAUUGAAUUGUUACGCGCACGCUGCGAGCAGAUAUCCCGAGAAUUGCCCAUUUAUCGCAGGACUUAAUUUGGAGAUUGCGGAGACGCUGAAGAGGCGGGGCAAAUCCGCGUGCAGCGAAUCGUAUUUGAGGGCGGUCUGCGAUAUAUCGGACCACGCCUACGACACGAAACUGUUCAGUCUGCAACGGCUAUGCUAUCAUUACAUUGACGAAGGUGAUUAUUGCUCGGCGUUGGAGGGAUUCAACGAGAUGUCGAAUUUGAUUGUGAAGGGGCCCAGCUGCGACAUAAAUUGCGACCUGUUGCUCGACUGCGAGAUCUGCAGGUUGUUCCUGGUUCUCAUUCUGAGGCCGGCGCCGCAGAGCCUCUCGCCCGACCUGGCGCAACUCCUCGAAAAGUAUACCUGGGGCGACAAUAAGAACAUUUCAGCGAGUCGCAUGUCCGCAAAGCUCUUCCUGCUGCUGCAGUCGGUCGUACUGACGUGCCAGUCGGGGGACACGAGCGGCCUGUCCGCCCUCGAGGAUGAGCUCUGGGCCUGCGAUCAGCUGAACGCCAAACAGAAAGAUCUGCUCAGGGUGCUCGUCGAAGCUAUGUGAACGUUCGUACGUAAUAAAGGUGUCGCUGGUUGCCUACGUGCUGCUGCAUUCAGGAAUAAAA